AUGGCAUCAACCAAUAUUCUCCGCCGCUGGGCUCUCGCCGCCCCACGCUCAAGCAGGGCCUUUCACGCUUCCCGCCGCGCCUUCAUCAAGGUCGGCGACAAGCUCCCAAACCUUGAUGUUUUGGUUGAGAACUCCCCUGGCAACAAGGUUAAUCUCAGCGAAGCCAUCAAGGGCAAGGCCUUGAUCAUCGGUGUUCCAGCGGCGUUCAGCCCCUCAUGUUCGAACUCGCAUGUCCCAGGUUACAUCAACCACAAGAAGCUGAAGAGCGCUGGUGAUGUCUUUGUUGUCGCUGUCAACGACCCAUUUGUCACAAAAGCUUGGGCCGAUUCUCUAGAUCCUACCGCUAGCUCAGGUAUCCGCUUCCUCGGGGACCCUACCGCUAAGUUCACAGAGGCGCUUGACCUAGCUUUUGACGGAGCUGCCAUCUUCGGCGGACCAAGAAGUAAGCGGUAUGCUCUUGAGAUCGAGGAUGGCAAGGUCAAGGCAAUGCAUGUCGAGCCGGACAACACUGGUCUUGAUGUCUCUGCUGCUGAGAAGGUCCUGGGCUAA